AUGGGCGCUCCUUUUCGUGCUGGUGGGUUGGAUGGGCCUUCUAAUGGCCCUAUGCAAGGGCUGCUGCAAGCUCUGCCUGACACUACAGGCCACGCGCAGAGCAAUGGAGGGAAGCCGGGCGUGGGAAGAUCAGACAUGCCCUUGCUGCGGUACAUGUGUGGGGAAGCCUUCUCGCUCCACCCAAACCUCGCCGGUGGCAGCAGGAGGCCGAGAGGGGGACCUGUGGCCAAAGCAAAGGUCAACAACACCAGAAAGGCGCUGCACAUACCCAACUCACAAAGGCAGCCCAGAUCUCGUCAAAGCCAUGGCAUGCAGGGCAAGGCCGAUCAUGUUGGAUAUGGGGAGAGAGGCCUCAAGGCCACCUGCGGUGCACCCAAGUUGUCCAGUUGGACGAUGACAGGGGCUGUUAACGUGGACCCCAUGAAGUGGGAAGGGGUCAAGGAAUCGAGUAACAGACCUAGAGAGCAGGAGACGGAAGGGAGCAGCGAGGGUCAUGGACGGGCUGAAGGUGCUCCCAGGGUAGAUGGCAGAAGAAAAGGCUCUAUGGAAAAGGCCUUCGAAAUAGCAAGCAACAGUUCGGACCUCAGGAAGGCUGUGGAGGGCCUCACAAAGAACUUUUGGGCCAAAAGUACCACCGCGGUCAAAAGGUCGCGGAGACAGGAGGUGCUCAAGUUGGCCGAGAUGGUUAUGGGGCGGCUCCCAGUCUUCCCCCUAACAAAAGGGGGGGUAGAAGGCGUAGCAGCGGCAUUAAAGGCAGCUGAACUGGCUUCUGGGGACCAGUAUCUCAACGAGCUGAAGCUGAUGCACGUGGAGGCAGGUCACCCCAUCGAAGCCUGGCUGAUGAGGGUGCUAGCGCUGUGCAAGAAGUCGCUCACAAGGAACAGAGGCCACAAAGUGCCGCUGGCCACGUUGGCUUUUGCCUGGGGCGUGGCUUGGAUGCUCCGGGAGAUCGAGCUCUCACGAGUCAAAUGGGAGCAUGUCUCAUGGGACAUGGUCAAAAGGACCGUGAGGCUGUAUAUUCCGCAGUCCAAGGCGGACCAACAGGGCCUCGGAGUGGCCAGGACGCUACAGUGCUGCGGGGAAUCACCCUGUUGGAGGGGGUGUGCCUGGUCCCUCCUGGUCAAGCUGAGACAACUUCGAGGCCAACUUGCUGCAGGCGAUGGUAACUGCGGGAUGUUCCUGAACAACAAGGGCUCGACGCCGACAAAGAAGGAAAUGGUGGACAGUUGGAAGGAGCUGUUCAAGGUGGAUGUGGCCGGCCACUCGGCCAGACGCACUGGAGCUAUGGCGUACGUGCGGCGGGGCAUGUCCAUCAGAGACCUGGCCUACUUGGGCAGGUGGAAGUCGUCGGUCGUGUUGGUGUACGCGGAGGAAGCGCUGGAAUCCACACCGGCAAACAGAGGCCUCAAAGCCCCUGAAAUACAACGACCGAUGGUGCAGAAGGAGACGCAAGAAGCUGGAGACAGAACCCCGGCUAGGCAGCGUGCACAAGUUGAAGAAGCUCCUUGCCCGCUGGUCAGACCCAAAGCAAACUCGCUAUGGGUGAGGUCCACAGAAAGGGGUGGCAACGGUCCACUGCAUCUGGUGGAGAAUGCCGAUUGGAGCAUCCCCAUGUUCCAGUGGACGUCGGCAUGCGGGUGGGCAUUCGCAAAAGCCUCAACACACGUGGCCUUCGUCACGAACCCUGGGUUUUCGUCCACAAGAUGCAGGAAGUGUUCGACCAUGGCAAAGCUGCGCGACGAGGUCAAGGAGGGUGUCAGGCCUGCGCAGCUGAUGGCAGCUGACAUGCUGCAACUGAGCAAGGCUGAUGGCACCAGGACCCCAAACUGGAAGCGCAGCAGGUCCAACAUGCUGCAGACUCCGCCCAGACAAAAGAGCUGA